UAGACCGCAGCACUGUACGCAGCUACCUGUAGGUUUGCUGGGAUAUCAGGCUUAAAGUGUGGAGUUGGGCCAUCUUUUCCUUUAAAGCUUGGAGUUUGAGGGGUUCUUGUGCGGGAUCCAUGAACACGAGGAACACUUCAAGCGCAUGAACGAAGACAGCCUGAUGCACCCUCCAGAGUUUGUGAUUAAGCCUCGCUCCCACACUGUGUGGGAGAAGCAGUGUGUGCGGCUGCAUUGCACCGUCAGCGGGUGGCCCGACCCCCGAGUCGUCUGGUACAAAAACAAUGUGGCAAUUGACCCGCUUGCCAACCCUGGCAAGUAUAAACUUGAGAGCAGAUACAACGUGCACUCACUGGAGAUUAACAGAUGCGAUUUUGAUGACACGGCGCAGUAUCACGCCUCUGCUAUGAACUCCAAGGGAGAGCAGUCAGCGUUCGCCUCCGUCGUCGUCAAGAGGUUCAAAGGUGACGUUGAUGAGUCUCUGCCAUCUCCCAGACAGGGCCCAGUGUCUGAGUACGGCAUCACCUUCCAGACUCACAUUGUUGAUCAGUUUGGUGUGUCAUUUGGAAGAGAGGGUGAGACCAUGAGUCUGGGGUGUACAGUCAUCAUCUACCCUGCCCUGAACCGCUACCAGCCAGAGGUCGAGUGGUACAGAGACGAUGUUCUGCUGUCUCCUUCUAAGUGGACCCACAUGCACUGGAGUGGAGAUCGAGCCACGCUGACACUCACACACCUGAACAAGGAGGACGAAGGUCUCUACACUCUGAGAGUCACCACCAAGUCUGGAUAUGAAACCUACUCUGCCUACGUCUUUGUCAGAGAUGCUGAUGCUGAGGUGGAAGGAGCCCCCGGAGCCCCUCUGGAUGUUCGCUGUCUGGAUGCCAACAAGGAUUACAUUAUUGUCACCUGGAAGCAGCCGGCUGUCGAUGGAGGCAACUCCAUCCUGGGCUACUUUGUGGACAGGUGUGAAGUUGGAACCACCCACUGGAUCCAGUGCAAUGACACUCCGGUCAAGUUUGCCCGAUUCCCCGUCACUGGUUUGGUGGAGGGUCGAUCAUAUACCUUCCGUGUUCGAGCCGUCAACAAGAGCGGAAUGAGCCGUCCAUCCAGAGUGUCUGAGCCGGUGGCUGCCAUGGAUCCAGCAGACCGAGCCCGAAUGAGAGGUACUUCUGCUCCCUGGACCGGCCAAAUCAUCGUGACAGAGGAGGAGCCUGCAGAGAGUGUCGUUCCCGGCAGACCUCUGGAGCUGCAGGUGACAGAAGCAACCAAGAACUACGUGGUCCUGAGCUGGAAGCCACCUGGUGAGAAAGGCCUUGAAGGUGUCAUGUACUAUGUGGAAAAGUGCAUCUCUGGCACCGACAGCUGGCAGAGGGUGAACACUGAGAUCCCCGUAAAGUCUCCUCGCUUUGCCCUGUUUGAUCUCGCUGAGGGGAAAUCCUACAGCUUCCGUGUCCGCUGCUGCAACUCUGCCGGCGUCGGCGAACCAUCGGACCCAACGGAGGCCACCACAGUUGGAGACAAACUCGACAUCCCAUCGGCCCCAGGAAAAGUUGUUCCCACCAGAAACACGGACACAUCAGUUGUUGUAUCCUGGGAAGCGUCUCGCGAUGCCAAAGAGCUGGUGGGAUAUUACAUCGAGAGCAGCGUUGUAGGCAGCAACGUGUGGGAGCCAUGCAACAACAAGCCUGUUAAUGCUACCAGGUUUAUCUGCCACGGCCUGAUGACAGGAGAGACAUACGUGUUCAGAGUGAGGGCAGUGAACGCCGCUGGACUCAGUCAGUUCUCUCCAGAGUCAGAGCCUGUUGAGGUGAAAGCUGCAAUUGGGGGCGGCAUCCCACACGGUGUGUUGUCGAAGAUGGGGCCGGGGGGUAACGUGGGCCAACUAACCGAGCACAGGCCACGCUGGACGGGCACGCAUGAAACUGUCCAGUCCCCCCCUGACACUAUGCAAAAGCACAGUAAAGCUCAGGCUGACACUGAAGUCAGACAGGGGGCCGGGGCAGCAGAGCUCUACCCCGCAGAGGGUAAAAACAAAGGGGGCAAGAGAGGCAGCGUGUCCUGGGCCCCUGACCUGGCAAAAACGAUGCCCUCAGAGUCAGGCUCAGUUUCUGACCCACUUACUGACACAGUCAAAGCUGCACACUUAGACCCGGUCGCUGCCAAGGUUCAGGAUGAGGCUGUGAAGGCACGUAAGUUCUCUGUAGACGAUAAUCGGGAGAAACCGAGGCCCAGGAGAGGAUCAGCAGCCUCUCCUGCUCCACCCUAUGGCAUCACCGUCCUGGAGUGCGUUCGCGACUCCAUGGUGCUCGCCUGGAAACAACCAAACUUCAUCGGAGGUGCUGACAUCACCGGCUACUUUGUGGAUUAUCGUGAGGUCAUCGAUGGCGUGCCGGGCAAAUGGCACGAGGCCAACAUCAGAGCCGUCAGCGAGAGGGCCUACAGGGUGUCCGACCUGAAGGAGAACAAGAAGUACCAGUUCCAGGUGAGGGCAGCCAACAUGGCAGGUGUCGGCAUCCCAUCGCUGCCCAGUAACACCUUCCUGUGUGAGGAGUGGACCAUCGCUGUACCAGGACCUCCUCACGACCUGCAGAUCAGGGAGGUGCGAAGCGACUCUCUGGUGCUGUUGUGGAAACCUCCCGUGUACCAGGGCCGCGACCCGGUCAACGGUUUCUACGUCGACAUCAAGGAAGCAGAAGCGCCAGAGGAGGCCUGGAGAGGAGUCAACAACAAGGCUACAGAGAAGUCAUUCAUCAAGAUUAAGAAUCUUAAAGAAGGAGAGGCGUAUGUGUUCCGCGUUCGUGCUCAGAAUAAAGCCGGCGUUGGUAACACCUCAGAUGUGACAGAACCUGUUCCUGCCGUGACCAAACCAGGCACUAAGGAGAUAGUUGUGGAUGUCGACGAUGACGGUAUCAUCUCCCUGAACUUUGAAUGCAGUGGCAUGACCCCCGACUCCAAAUUUGUGUGGUCCAAGAAUUACGAGGAAAUCUCAGACGCCUCCCGCCUGACUGUAGAGACCAAGGGAAACAAGUCCAAAGCUGUUUUCAAAAGUCCUGGGGAGGAAGACAUUGGCAUUUAUUCAUGUCUCGUCACCCACACUGAUGGUGCUUCAUCCAGCUACACUCUCUCUGAGGAAGAGCUGAAGAGGCUGCUGGAGAUCAGUCAUGACCACAAAUUCCCCAUUAUUCCCCUGAAGUCAGAGUUGGCUGUGGAGCUGCUGGAGAAGGGCAGGGUUCGCUUCUGGCUGCAGGCCGAGAAGAUUUCACCAAACGGCAAAGUCAAUUACAUUUUCAACGAUAAUGCUGUCUCUCAGGGGGAGAAAUACAAGAUGAACUUUGACAAGAACACCGGUGUGAUUGAGAUGAUCAUGGAGUCUCUGACUCCGGCAGAUGAAGGAACCUACACUUUCCAGCUGCAGGACGGGAAAGCAACCAACCAGUCCAGCUUGGUGCUGAUUGGAGAUGUGUUCAAGCAGUUGCAGCAGGAAUCAGAGUUCCAGAGAAAAGAAUGGUUCAGAAAGCAAGGUCCUCAUUUUAUCGAGUAUUUGGGCUACGAGGUGACACCAGAGUGCUGCGUUAUACUCAAGUGCAAGGUCGGCAACAUGAAGAAGGAGACGUCUGCGCUGUGGUACAAAGACGGACACCAGAUCAAAUCAGACGAACAUCUGGGCUUCACCGAAGGAGUGCUGAAGCUGGAAAUCGCUCAGCGCGACAUCCCUGCAGACGCAGCCAACAAUACCGAGAGCCCAAUCCCGAGACGACUAAAAAUUUCCAAGAAAGACGCUGGAGUUUAUGAAGUUGUUCUGAAGGACGACAGAGGAAAAGACACGUCUACACUGAACCUGACAGAUCAAGGUUUCAAAGACUUGAUGAAUGAAGUUUUCAGUUUUAUCGCCAAUUCCUCCACUCCACUGAAGGUCACAAGCACAGAUGAAGGCAUCCGACUCUACACGUUUGUCAGCUACUACAAUGAUUUACUCCAAGUCACAUGGCAUUACAAGGAUUCAGCCAUCGCCUUCUCGGACCGUAUAAAGAGCGGCGUGGUCGGGGAGCAGCUGUGGCUUCAGAUCACGGAGCCCACAGAGAAAGACAUGGGCAAGUACGCCAUCGAGUUCAAUGACGGAAAAGGAGGCCUCAGGAGGACUCUGGAGCUCUCUGGUCAAGCAUUUGAUGACGCUUUUGCAGAAUUCCAGCGACUCAAAGCUGCUGCUAUUGCAGAGAGAAAUCGCGCUCGAGUGGCGGGAGGUCUUCCUGAUGUGGUCACUAUACAGGAGGGCAAGGCCCUCAAUCUCACCUGCAACAUCUCGGGCAACCCGGUGCCGGAGGUCACCUGGCUGAAGAACGACAGGGAGAUCACGUCUGACGAGCACUGCAUCCUCAAGUUCGAGUCGGGCAAGUUCGCCAGCUUCACCAUCACCGGCGUGAACACGUCGGACUCUGGCAAGUACAGCAUCCUGGUGAAGAACAAGUACGGCACAGAGAGCGGAGACUUCACCGUAAGUGUCUUCAUCCCCGACGAGGCGGGCGGCAAGAAAAAGUAGAAGCGGUCCAAAUCUUGUCGUAAAUAUGUAUAAAUGAAAAAACAAUGGAAAGGUUUAAAAAAAACAGAGGAAAAAAGGGCGUGAGGAUGUGUUGUGUAGAAUAUGAAAUCAACUCCAGAGGUGCUGAAUCUGAACAUGAAACGAGUCAGAGAGAAAUCCAAGAGGUGUAACUUCAAAAUGAGAAUUGAUAUGUGAAGUUUUGGUCCAUUACUGGUGCAAUUUUGUUGUUUGUGUAACGUUGUGGCACGCAGAGAGGCAAAUGUUGACUUUAGAAGAAGAAACUGAACAUUAUUUAACCCUCCUGUUUCCUCAUUACCAAAAAAUACUGUUUCCUUGUCUGAAAAAAAUCCAAAAAUUCAGCAAAAAAUUCCCCAAAUUUCUGAAAAUUUGCAAAACCUUGAGGAAGAAAAUUCCAAUAAUUCCCGAAAAGUUUUAUUUAAAAAUCCCCCAAAUUUGGCCAAAAAAUUCUUGUAAAUAUUUUCAAAAAAUGAGUAAAAAUCUUCCCCCACAAAAAUCAAAAAAAUAUCUGAAGUGAUUACAUAUAUACCAGUAAAGCUUCUAGUAUUUUCUUCAAGAACAUUCACAAAAAUCAACCAAAAUUCAGUGAAUUUUGCUGAAUUUUGGCUGAAUUUUUUGUGAAUAUUCUUAAACAUUUUCCAAAAAUGUUGAAAAUGUGGACACCAGAAGUUUCACUGUAAAAAUUCAUAUUUUUUCCACAUUUUUAAACUUUAAAACGGGUCAAUUUUGACCCACGGGACGACACGAGGGUUAACAAGGGAAAGCAAAAAAAUGUUGUCAGAAGGAUGCAAAACCGAAUCGCUGAGAAAAAUCAUGUUGAAUGUCUAAUAAAAUAUGUUUUAACAUUUGCUACACACCAUGUGGACUUCACUGCUGAUGAAGCAAACAUAAAUGACUGCAAGUCUUACUGCAAAAUUUAAAUUCUGCUCCACAUCUUGCAGAGAAGCCUCAACAAAACCUGCAGCAAAUGUAUUAAAACAUGUAUUCUACCUGUAUGUUUGCUCCACUGAAUCCACAGUCACUUUAAAUGUAACAUCACAUCACCGUCUCCUGAACUCUGUACGUCUCCUCAUUAUUAUCGAUGUUAUUCACCGUUUCCCCGUCACGUCCCCUCCACAGUCCACCAGCACUGAUUAUACAAUGACUGUCUCCUUUAUUUGUGAUGCCACUGCAAUGAAGAUCACUGUUAAUACCAGCGGUAGUGAUUAUUGCCUCACUUCCUGUUCCCCAGUGUCUUGAUGAGACUAAUAAAAGAAAAGCAUGUACUUCCCCA